GAACUGAUUAGGCACGUACGAACUCGCUAGCUCUUUUCCUGGUAGCUCAAUUCCUUCAUGUUCCUUUGGGCUCCGUGCGGGUAAUGGCUGAAUACAAGGAGCAGGCUACUUAUAUGUUUAACAACUUCGAAUUGAAGAGAUGGCUUCACGGAGACGAAAAUCGUCGUCGUAUGCUGCUAGUCAAGCUAAAGAAUGAUUUGCGGAAGCUGGGAUUAUCGAAGCGGGCGACACGAGCAGGACUCGUUCAGCUUGCAAUGAAGCCAUGCGUGAUUCUAAAACGACUGUCGGUUUCCUGUUACAGAAAGAAGUUACUGCAAUCAUCGCAUAGUAAUUUUGUUCCGAUCCACAAGGAAAGGUUGCAAACCAAUCACCGAGACAAUGUCGAAAACAACAGACUAGAAGAUAAUUCGCAAGAUAUUGUUCAACACAUAUUUGACGCACAAAUUCCAAACGCUACUAUUGAAACAUUGAUUAAUGCGGUAAACGCUAAUAAAACGUGUCAAAGUAAGGUUCAAGAGUAUGAUUUUAUCAGAAAAAAAUCGUCAGAUGACACUAAAGAGGCACAAGAUUUUAACCAAAAAGUAGUAACAAAUAUAUCUCAUAUUGAUGUUACAUCAACAAAUUAUAGAGAUAUUUUUGCAAAAAAAUCUGCUAUUGAAGCGUCACCUAACUUUUCCUCGUCGGAAGAUGAAUCGCUGAACAAACAUAUACAAAAUGUUGUUCACGAAUUUAUAAACAAAUCAGAUACAACUGUGUCAUUUCAAUUGGAGGAACAUUCAGACUCUAAAAGUAGUAUCGAUCCCUUGAAAGAUGUUUUUAGAAGAGAACAUAGGGAAAAGAAAGACUGUGAAAUAAGGCAAGAAUUUUUUCCAGUAAAAAGCAAACUAUUAGACAUGUCACGAGAAGAUUCCUAUAAAUCUAAAACUGAUAAUAUCUUUGAAAAUAAUAUUAGCUCAAGCAACGCAAUAAUUUCAGAAUCGAAAACAUAUGCAAAAGUAAAAGUAAUUAAUUUCGUAGGUAAGAUUCAAAAUGUGUCUGCUUCAGAAAAAUCAGAAAAGUCGAUUGAACAUAUCGAUACAUUGUUACAUCAAACGCCCAUAAAGGAAGAUGUUAAUGAAGCAAAAAUGUAUUUAGAAGCUAAAAAUUCGCAAACAGAGAAUCAACCUAUUGAAACAGAUUCUAAAACAGUAAUUAAAAGAAAGAUACGUUCUGAAAGUUUAGAUCGAAAUAUAUCAUUGAUAAAGAAAUCAAAGGAGAAUGAAAUGAAUGUGUCACCAAAAAAAGUAGUAGCAGAUAGUACUAUCGGAACAUCUCACUACGAAAUGCUAUCCGAUAAUGAAUUAGUUCACACAGCAAAUGAAAGAAAUGAGGAGAAUACGAAAUGUAUGAUAAGAGAAAGAGGAAGUUCUAAAUUCCUGAAGCGAAUAAAGGAACGACAUAGGAAAAAAAAUAAUAUGAAGGUUAUGAAGAUACGAGCAAAAUUUCACGAAUGUUUUCGAGGCAAUUUCGAUACCGACACAAGUGAAAGUGAAGAAGAACGCGAAAUUCUGUUGAAUUUAAAGAAAAAUAAACAACAGUUUGAUGAUCCAUUACAUAAUAAUAUAACAGAAGAAAAGGUAGAAUGUAUUUUUGAAAGAAAUAAGUUAACACAUGAUUUAUCGGCUAAUAAUUGGCAGAAAAAUAUAGGCAGCACAAUAUCAGAUAAAAUAAGAUCCGACAACUUAUACGAUUCCACUCUAUCCGACAAAGAAUACGUUCUGCACAAUACUGUAAUAGAAAAACAGAUAGAAGAUAGUGCAUCGUUAGAUAAAUAUGCUAUGUUAACUAACAAUUCGCAGGAAAGUACAGAGAAUAUAAACUCAGAUAAUUUAUGCGAUUCUAGCACAUGCGCCGAAAAAUUUGAUGUAAGCGAUGCUACAACAGAUGAAGAAAUGAUAUCGAUAUGUAAACGCAUAACUUCUGUUAAUGCUUCACAGAAAAAUAUAGACAGCAUAUACUCUGAUAUUUCAUGCGAUUCCGAUGCAUGCACCAAAAAAUAUUCUCCGUCCAAUGUUACAAUAGACGAGGAAAUAGAAGAAACAUUGGUUUGUGAACAUAGCAUGUCAGAUAAUAAUUCUCAGGAAAACGUAAAGAAUAAAAAGGACGCAAUUUCGAAUAAAGUAAAAUUUAAGAAUUCAAACGACUCCUCUACUUACAAAGAAAAGUAUGUUGCGAAAGAAAAGAGCAUACAAAAUGGAGCAACAGUAUGUAAUUAUGAUAUGUCAACUAAUAAUUCGCAAGAAAAUAUGGAUGUAUUGGCUGAAAGAUCUGAUAACUCAAGCGAUUCUUCUAAUUGUACCGAGAAGUAUUGUGCUACAAAUGUUAUUGUAACAAGAAAGGAAAUAAAAAAUAAAGCAUUGACAUGUACAAAUGAUACGUUAACUAAUAAUUCGCAGGAAAAUAUAGAGAACGCAAUACUAGCUGAAGCAAAGUCUGAUAAUUUAGGGAAUUCCAUUGCAAGAACCAAAAAAUGUGAUAUUACAAUAAAAAAGAAGAUAAAUCAUGAUGAGUCAAUUAAUGAAUCGAUAUGCAUGUUACCUGAUAAUUCACAGAAAAAUAUAGAGAGCGCAAUAUCGCUUGAAGUGAUGGCCGAUAAUUCAUGCAAUUCCACUGUAAAUACCGGAAAAUACAUUAAACAUAAUACUAUAACAGAUGAAAAGAAAGAUGGAGCAUCAUCAAUACAUAAACACAGCACAUCUAAUGAUUCGCAAGAACAUAUAGAAAGCACAAUACCGGCUGAAGUAAAUUUCGAUAAUUCGUGCGUUUCCAUUUCAAAUAUUGAAAAAUAUUCUACCCACAAUAUUGUAACAGAUGAAAAGACAGAAGAGGGAGCAUCAACAUAUAAAUGUGAUACACCUGUUAAUAAUUCACAGGAAAAUAUAGAAAGUAUAAUACCGAUUGAAGUACAAUUCGAUAAUUCAUGCGACUCUGAGUGCGAAAUUCAUUCCACUGUGAAUGUCGAAAAGUGUGACUCUAAGCACGAUACUGCAAAAGAUAAAGUAAAAAAUAGAACAUCAAUAUGUAAGCGUAACAUGUCAGAUAAUGAGUCAAAAAAUAUAGAAAAUGUAGUCUCGGCAGAAAAAGAGAGCAUACAAAAUUCUUCGUCAACUGACAUGGAAAACAAUAGUAAAUGUGAUAUUAGCGUGAAACAUAAUAUACCGUCCAUGAUUGAAAUAAAUUUAGAUGAAAAUAUGAGUAUAGAAAAUAUAUAUUUAAAUAAAAAUAUAAAGAAGAAAGCAGAUACCACUUACAAGGAAGCGGAAGAGGUAAGUGUACAAAAUCUGCAAAAAAAUCAAGAAAUGCGCAAUGUCGAAAGUAUUGAUUUAGCGCAACACAAAAAUAUGCAAAAAAAUGCAACGUCAAAUUUGGAAUUACUAAUCAUGUCUACAUUUGAAUCAACAUCAUACAAUGUUAGCAAAAAAGACAACCAUGACAUGUUAGAAAAAAAUGUCGAAAAUUUAUUAUUAUCAAGUAACGACAUGGAGAAAGACGAAAAAACAAUUGAUCAAUUUUCAAUGAUAACAUCAAACUCAAAAAAAAAUUCUUCGGAAGAAAAAAGUAACGAUUCUUUUUCCAUAUUAUCGUCAAAUUCAUCUAGCAAAUUAAAUUAUAGUGACAAUUGCUCAUUAGACAUUCACUUAACAGAUGAUGAUAACAGUAGUGAUAUUGAAGUAGAAAUAAAAAUAAAACCUAAAUUGAAAUCUCGAGUAUCACGGAAAUUUUCAUUAAAAGCACCUUGGUCUGCAGUAAAUACAUGUAUCAAAAACUUACACACACUUAAGGAUAAUCCGAGCUUUCUUAAUGAACUUUUGCAAAUGGAUCAUAGAACAUCUGAAAAGUUUAAUCGCAAGGUCACAAAUACAAAAGAAAAGAAAGACGGUACGUCAUUAGAUAAUGUUACUGCCGAGACUGACGAAAUCAUAUGUAAUUCUAAUCCUAUUACUAAAGAUGAUGAAAAUCAUUCUCAACAACGAAAUUCUCAAAACCGUCCAAUUUUAAACGAAGAUAAAAAUAUGAUAGCUUAUGAUGACAAAAAAGAAAAAGAUGAAUGCACUCAAUCUCUCAUACAAACAACUCCAAUAACUGAAAAUAAUUCUGACUCAAGUAGGCUUACGUGUGAUACAUCCAAUUUGGAAAAACAAUCACAAAAGGUUAUCGCAAACGAUAAACAAAAAAACAACGAAGAACAAAAUUUUGAAGAUAAAAUAAUUUUAGAGGGAACUAAAAAUGUGAUAGAGCAUAAUCAGGUUAAAGAAGUUGAAAUGUCUGUCGAGAGAAAGACACCGCUGAUAACGACUGAAAAUAGUUUUGAAUCAAUUAAAGCUGCAUACGACACGCCUGAUGUAGCAGAACAAUUACCACAAACUUCCUCAAAUAUGACACAUAAGAAAGUACGAGUCCGUUCUAUUGCGGAACUUAGUUAUCAAUGUAUCGAGAAAUCUGUGAAUCUGACUGCAUCGAUUCCAAGGAAUGCAUGCCCAGCAUUCUGCCAGUCAGUAUCUCAAUCGACAACUGUUCAUUCAAUAUCUUCUCAAUUAACACCUCAAUCAACAUCUCAAUCAACAUCUUCUCAAUUAGCACCUCAAUCAACAUCUUUUCAAUCAGCACCUCAAUCAGUGUUUUUUCAAUCAGCACCUUCUCAAUCGAUAGCUUUUCAACCAAUACUUUCUCAAUCAACAUGUCCUCAAUUAGGACCUCCUCGAUUUACAUUUCCUCAAUCAACAUCUCAGUCAGUAUCCAAACGGCUGUCGCCAUCAUAUAACACCACUCUUAAACAUAUAUACCUCUCACCUAAUACAAGUUCCGCGGUUGCACCGGUUGAAGUUAAUACUCCAAAUAAUAACAAUCUCAGAAAUUUAAUACAGAUUACAAUCAAAAAUAUCUGCACCAAUGUUGGAUAUUGUCGCAAUCUUGAUCAAUAUAAUCAUGUAAGAAUAAAUUUUCCUGAAGAUUAUGUACAAAGAUUAUCUAUAACUAUGCAACAAAUAAGUCAAGAUUUAGAAAACUUGAAAAUGUGGUUGUAUAUGAAGGAUAUUGACAGCACGCUGAUUUAUGUUAAUUUUUAUAUGCCAAAAAAUCAUCCAGUGACAGUUCCGGAAUUGAAAAAAUAUGUGCAAAUUUGUUAUAAUUACUUACACAUCUCACAGCAAAAUUAUGCAAACUCGUCACAAUAUCCGAAUAUUAAUAGAUUAUUCAAAUCUACUUCAAAUGCAUCAAUAUCGAAUGUUAACGCGCAACAAUUUUCGAAAAAUGCUUCAUUUUCAGAUACAAGAAUGUUAAAUCGUGACACAUUUGUGCAGUCUUCAACAAUGCCAUGUCCGGCACCGAUGACCUCAAACAUUAACCAGCAGCAAUUGGUCAGAAAUUCGGCUAAUUCUACACAAGUACCACACUCGAAACCUAAUCACUCGAAACCUAAGCCAAAUAUUCAUCAAUCAUAUAUGUCUUAUGUACCAUUAACAACACAGUCACGUAUGUCGAACGCUAGUCAACAACAAUCUUUAGAAAAUGCGAAUCAACCGAUACAAGGCCGAUAUAUGCCAGCAAAUAUAUUGAAUGCUGGCGUUCAACAGGAUUUUUUAAUUGUGAAUAACAUUUCAUCGAAUGUUAAUAUGCGCUCACGUGAACCAGUAAAUCAAGGAAACGCAAACGUGUCUCCUACAACUAAUAUGAGACAAUUACACACCUUGCAACAAAAUACGAUUAAUAAUACUGCAACCGCAUCUGCUACUAAUAACGUGCAACAACAGAAACAAAUGUAUCUUCAAACAUCGCAAAUAAACUCAAGAACAGCAGUUUAUUCAUCGUCUAUGACAAAUCAAAAUAAUUCUCUUGGAAUACGCCAGAUUGUGCCAGGCUGUAACAAUGUCAACUUAUCUGGAUCUUUUACGAUAAAUCCUGAUACUUCAAGAAUCAACGCUGCAAUGGAAAAUGCUAGACAUGGAAGCACUAAUGUGAAUCGGCAGCAAGCAAGCUGCAGUCCACAAGUAUCUCAAAUAUCUUCAGAAAAAACGCAAUAUUUGCCGCAAUACAAUCCAAACCAAACUUAUCUUAUUGUAUCUCAAUCUUCCACACAUUCCAACAUACAAACGCAUCCCGUUCAAAAUACUUUGCCAAAUCAAAACGUAUGGCAGAUGCAGCAGCAGCAAUUGACAAUAAAUCAAGGGAAUACAAAUAUGCCUCCUACAACUAACAGGAAACAGCCAUACAUCAUAAGAAAUGUAAUUAGCAAUACUACAACCGAAAAAAAAAGCCAAAGAUACAUCUUGCCCAAAGAUACAUCCACAUAUCCAAUUGAUCUAUCGAUUAAUGAUCUCCCGCAGAAUGUACAACAAAACAUGUCGCAGCAGAAAUUGCCAGUAAAUCAAGGGAAUGUAAACAUAUCUCCUACAAUCAAUACGAAACAAUCACACAUUAUAUCAAAAAAUCCAAUUAACAAUACAACCGUAACAAGCCAGUAUGUAAUAUCCAAAGAUACAUCUAUAUAUCCAAUUAAUCUAUCAAUUAACAAUACAUUGCAAGAAAACGUGCUGAAUAAAGAAGAGAUGACCGAGACACAAAAUACAAAUGGCAUGCAAAAGAAGGCACAAUCUAUGAAUCUGCAACAAGAUACACAUCAAGAAAUUCUGAGUGCAUGCAACAAAUUGCAAAAUGUUGACACUGUUUCGGAAAAUACAAAAUCUUCUACACAAAGAUUGAGUGUCUUACAAAGUAUGAUGUUUACAAUAUCUCCAAAUAAAAAUGAUGCAGUGUUAUUUUUGUCCGCAAUCGAACGAAAAAAGCAAAGAAACAAAGUUACGUUCUCUAAUAAUCUGGCGAUUCUAACAGACAUUCAGAAAAUCCUAUUGCGUGAUCAAAUAAAAUCAUAUUUUAUUAUGUGGGACGAACUGAAAAAUUUGCUUAGCAAGCAAGAAUUCGAACGAGUACAUAAUGAAAGAAUAAUACUGUUUUACUCGUACGUGAAUUUAGAUGAUUACAUAAAGAGUAUAAUAAACGAAUCACAGACCGUUCAAAAAUCCGUCGAAAAAAGUUUACAAGAUAAUACGUCACAAAACAAGUCAACAUUACAAGAAGAUACAAUACAAACAUCCGUAGACAAGUUAACGAAGAUUCAACUUAAUCAAGACAAUGAAAAUAGUUUAGAAUGUAAUAGAAUUUCAGAAAAGCAAUCAGAACAAAGUAUUGAUUCGAAUAUUUCAAAGAGUCCAAAAUCUACGGCGACAAAGAGUAAUUUAGAAGCGUCAAAUGAAGAGUCACCUUGUACGUCUGUGAUAACUAAGGAAUUCCUUCCAAAAAACACAAGAUUACAAGAAGAACAAGAGAAUAAUACAUUAAAGAAGCAAUCCCAAAAGAAUUCAUUGAUUGAUACGGAAAAAGAACCUCGGAGUACAGAAACAUUGUCGCCAGAAGAGAAGUUGAUCACAGAAGUGUCUGCCAAGAAUUUGAAAACGAAAACGCAAGAUAAUGCGAAAAUUGACGAGUCUCUGAAAGUGACAAGUUCAUAUGACUCCUCCUUUAAACAAAACCUACUGUUUAAUUUAUUACAGGAUGUGCCAACUGAGAACAUAGAAGAUCAAUUAGAAAUUAUGAUUAAUAAUAUAAAUAAGAGAUUUAGUAAUGUAGAAAUGGAAAGCGUACGCGAAACUUCUGACAUUGUAACAUUAAACAAUAGCAAACAAAAUGAUGCGAUAUCACAAGCUCAGUAUAACAUGGAAGACCAAAAUAAAAUAAUAUAUAAUACCAAUAAUGAAAUAUCCAGUAAAAAUUUACGAGAUGGAUUGCGUGAUGACGUCAAAGCGAAUACUGAAAUAUUAAAUUCCACAAAGAUACAGUUUGAUUCAUUGAAUAUAUUGCAUAUUUCAGAAUCGUUCCCAUCAAACAACAUACAGGAAUCGAUAUCUCCGAGAAAAUAUCUCGGAAAGAAACGUGAAUCUACUGAAAUAUCGGAGCCACAUAUCACAGAUGAGGAACACGCCGAAGCAACAUCAGAAUUUUGUUUAAACAUACAGCAACAAGAUCCUACGAAUGAACAAAGUAAUGAUUCUACUGAAACGUUUGAAAGUUUCGGGAAACUGUAUAUCGACGAAAAUGUAGAGAUGCAAACCCAGUGUGAUAAGAUGUCGUUUUUUGAAGAAGAUAACUUAAAAUCACAAGAUUCAAUAGAACUACUUGAUAUGAUAAGCUGCGAUUCUACGAAAGUAUCAUUUUCUUUUCUCAAAAACAUUGCUAAGGCUGAUCAAGAGACAUAUCAAGAUUUCAAAACUGAAGCGCAAGACAUUGAGGAACUCGAUGAACACCAGUCGUUAGAAAUAGAGAAGAUACAGGAUGUAUCAUUGAAGUUUGAAGAUGAAUGCAAUAUGAGAGAAAGUGUGAUACAAUCGACCAAUAUCAUAAAAAGACAUGAAGAUACAAAAGAAAAUGAGUUAUUAUUAACAGAGGAGAUCGAGUUUCAAAAAAUGUUAUCAAAUCAUGAAGUUUUAAAAGAUAUAUUGCAUGUCGAAGAGAGCAUGACAGAAUCGAUCUGUUUAAAAUAUCCUGAAGAUAUAGAAAAGAAAAAGAGGGAAAUAAACGCUCAAAAGCUUCUUGAAGAUAUAGAAGAGGAAAACAUGGAAAUAAACAUUCAAAAGUUUUCUGAAGAUAUAGAAGAGAAAAAGAUGGAAUUAAACGCUCAAAAGCUUCCUGAAGAUAUAGAAGAGGAAAAGAUGGAAAUAAACACUCAAAAGCUUCCUGAAGAUAUAGAAGAGGAAAUAGAUACUUACACUAUUAUUAAAAUGGACAACAAAAAUAAUGAGCAAUCACUAUUAAAAAUAGAGGAGGUCGGGUUUCAGAAAAUGUCAUCAAAAUUUAGAGACCUGGAAGAUAUAUCAAGUAUCGAAGACAACUCAACAGAGUCGGUUUACUUUCAACUUCCUGAAGCUAUAGAAGAGGAAAUAAAUAGAGACACUCAAGAGUUUAAAUAUAUAGAAAAGAAAAAGGAUACUCACAGUGGUAUUAAAGCAAUCAAUGAACAGCUCAAGCAUGUAUCCGAACAAAAAAAAUCACGUACUUGUGCACUUAGUUCCUUUCAAAGAGACGAUUUUCUCGAUGUAAAUGAAAAAGAAGUUUCCGCUAAAACUGAUUUUCUUGAUGCUGAUGAUAUCGAAUAUAUUUCCCUGAAAAGCGACGACUCCAAUAGCAUGCCGAGUAUCUUGAACAUUAGGAGUAUAUCGCCAUCAUCAUUCGAGAAAAUGAAAAAUAUAAAUGCAUUUCUUGAAAAUAACUCAGAAUCAUUGACUAAAAAUGAUGAAAAUUCGUUGGAUAUAAAUGACAAUUUGGGAAUUUCGGAUGAGAUAGAUGAUAGGCUUUGUUUACGAUGCAAACGCAAAAGUAUGGUAUACUGUCAGGCUUGCUUGGAAGCUCAUUAUUGUUCCAAACGUUGUUCGUCUUUGCAUUGGAAUGCGGAACACUACAAACAAUGCAAGGGUCGUAAUUCGAUUAUCUGUAUCGAUGUAGUAUAA